CGACAAUUAUUUUUACUCUGAUAAAUGUAUUCGAAACAGAACCCCCUAAUGCUGUUUCUUCUCAAACACAUAUUUAAAUAAUACUAUAGUAUUAUUGUUGGGUUAUUUGUUUACAUGCACAGCAGCGUGAGCAUCUGAGCUUUCCCCUCUCUCGCGAGCUCUCCGUUGUACUCCCUUUCGCACCAACACCUUUGGCUUAGCGUUCUGCUGAUCUCUCUGCAAUAAAGUCGCUCAUUACCAUUUGCUUUCUCGUUCGCUACGAAUAUCGUUGAUAUUCGCUGUAAAGUAACCUCGUCUUUUAAUUGCUCAAAAACAGCUAUUAUUAGCUCAACAUUUGGUGACCGUUGGUCGCGAUUUAUGCAUAAACAAUAAAUAGUGCAAAUCCUGCCAACUUUAACCCAUCAAUUAAUUCGCUAUUGCAUUAUUCAGACAAAUUAAAUACAGUGAACAUUGAAAAUAACUCCGUUGGUUACCCAAGAUUGCAUAUACGAAUAACGAAAGCUGCAGCUAAUGAACUGAAUUUUGAGAUGUUGUUGCCAUGGCUGCUAAAAAUUCUGGAAAUUCUGAUUCAGGGGGACAUUUUUGAAGCGCAAAGCGACUGCAAUAUAUAAUAGAGUGGAACGAUUAGCAGUUUCUUUAUCAAGUUAUUCGAUAACAUCAUUUGACGAUUCCAUUCAUCAUGUAAGUUUGAAGCUAAUCGAUGAACUAAAACCAACAUUUCGAAAAAUUCUGAACGAACUUGAAUAGAUUGAUUUGGAUGAAAUUGAAAGCGAUUUGAGUGAGAAAUUUGAUGAUGUUCUCGUAACGCUUCCAAGCCCACUCAACUUUUGCUGAGGCUAUUUCUUCAUGUGAUUGUGGCCAUCAGCAGCGUUCACUUCGUCAUAGGGCACCUCCCCUGUCUCCUAUUUACCUUCCGAAAUUCCCUGGAGGCUAUGCCAACUGGAGGCUAUGCUAACUGGCUAGACUUCUAUUCUAUGUUUACGACGAUAAUUUAUAUCCAUCCUGACCUCAUAAGCAAUAAAAAGCGGCAGCAUCUGUCUGCAGCAUCAUGUCUGAUGGACACUGCGCUGGUAACCAUUCGCCGCUCACUGAACAUUUCUGAUGGCAACUAUGCCAUAUUCCAAGCACACGUUACUGAGAUUCUGGGGCUAAGGGCAAUGCAGAUUGGUUCCGUUUCAAUGCUUCGUGAGCUGUCGGAUAAAUUCAACGCUCAUAUUGGUGCGCUAAAUGGAAUGGGCUCAACGGAACAAAUCGCUGGAUGCAUUAUCGCCCAAGUACUUGUCCAAAAGCUGGAUCCGGCGAGGCAGGCGAAAUGGGAGGAGCAUUGGGAGGACCCAGUGUUCAAAAAUGCAAAUCCGACGUGGGAAUUCAUGGCAUCGUUUCUGAAGCAGCGAUGCAGGUCGCUGGAGAACAUGGAGUUCGCCAUGGCAAGCUUUGCAACAGGCAGUCAGGUGGGAUGUAAUAGAACAUCUGUUUUCCGUAGGUCCGCUCCUCUUGCCACAAGCCGUCUACAAUGCUUCUGGGCACUCCAUUCAUCACUGCCAAAGCUUUAAGAACCUGUACCCAGCCAAUCGAUUGCAAUAAGGAAAGAGACUGGCCCUUUGUUUAAAAUGCCUCAAGACUGGGCAUCAAGUGAGCCAAUGCAAAUACAGGAAUUGCUUAGUUUCAAGUUUAUGCUCCUCUGCCUUUGACUAUAGAUUUGAUGACUAUCACAAUAAUAACAUAGAGCGGUAGCAGGGUAUUGCUGUUGAGCUUUUAUGUGCCACAGCUGUCCAGUGUUAUUUAUGUGACACAGCUGUCCAGUGUUAUUUAUAUGCAACGCUUCCAGUGCUUCGAUAAAUAGAACCACAAGUAUUUCUUUUUAGUUUAUACGUGGUCGGCAUUAGUAAAGCUACACAGCGCUUUAUUUCCUGAUUUACCUUUAUUAAAUUAAAGGUUGGUUAAAUUAAAGAUUGCUCAUAUUAACAAUUUUUUUCUUAUCGCAUGAUAAGGGUGACACAUGACGCUCCAUACACCGCAUCUCACAUUUGCCAUAUAGACAAAG